UCUAAAUGACAACAUGUCAGGUUGCUAAGUUAGCUAGGAAGCUAGCUGUACUUAGCCGACCAAGGAUGUGGCUAGACGUGUACCCUGUUUUUCUACGCACCAGCGACAUAACAACGACGGCCUUGACGCGAUGAACCGACUGCGUGUUAACUGUAAAGAUCCUCGGACUCAGGCAACAGAAGAACGCCCCUGCCAUGGCAGCAGGUGUCAGCAUACUGAGUGACCUGCAUUACUCGAUGAGUGGAGCCUGCCCUGUAGAGACCAGCGCAGAGAUGGAGACAGCCAGUGCUCGGGUCCCUACAGCAAAGUACACCAAGAUGGGGGAGACCCUGAGGCAUGUCAUCCCGGGUCAUAUGCAGUGCUCCAUGGCCUGUGGAGGGAAAGCCUGUAAAUAUGAGAACCCCUCUCGCUGGAGCGAUGAGGAGCAAGCCGUCAAAGGACUUUAUUCAUCCUGGAUUACUGACAACUUGCUAGCUAUGGCAAGGCCUUCCACUGAAAUAAUAGAGAAAUAUAAUAUAAUCAAACAAUUUCAAAGGUGUGGCCUGAAGACAGUCAUUAACCUGCAGCGGCCUGGAGAACAUGCCAGCUGUGGCAAUUCACUGGAGCAGGAGAGUGGCUUCACUUAUCGCCCUGAAACUUUCAUGGAGGCAGGCAUUUAUUAUUACAACUUUGGUUGGAAAGAUUAUGGUGUUGCAUCUCUGACUACCAUCCUGGACAUGGUGAAGGUCAUGUCUUUUGCUAUUCAAGAGGGGAAACUUGCUGUCCACUGUCAUGCUGGGCUCGGAAGAACAGGUGUUUUGUUGGCUUGUUACUUGGUUUUUACAUCCAGGAUGAGCGCUGACCAAGCUAUCUUGUUUGUGAGAGCCAAGAGACCAAACUCCAUUCAGACCAGAGGCCAGCUCCUGUGUGUCAGGGAGUUCGCCCAGUUCCUGGUUCCUCUUCGAAGUGUCUUUUCCUGCGCAGAACCCAAAGCGAGUGCCGUGACCUUGUCCCAGUACCUCACCCGGCAGAGCCACCUGCUACACGGCUACGAGGCUCGACAGAUGAAGUUUGUGCCAAAGAUCGUCCAGCUGGCAUGUCAGCUCCUUAUUGACAUUGCAGCCAACAGACAAGUGGUGAUAGAGGAGGAGUGGCUGGAGAUCCCAGACCUCACAGCUGAAGUGGAGAAGACCGUUUCCCAGCAGGCUCUGCAGCAGCUUGGGAAGGAGAUGAGAGGGAAGGGGAUUCCUGUCCCAACUUGCUCCUCUCAUCCUCUCAGCCCGCCUGCUCUGCAGUCCAGACCUCCUCAAGAUCAGCCUAGUGAUAAUGAGCUUGAUCCGCUGUGGCAGGAGCAGAAUGUAGAAAGCCCUCUGAAAUCCUCUCUGUCUGACAAAAGAAGCCUCAGUUACAGCGAUACUGUCCUUCAUAAACUCGGACCACAGCAGUACCAUUUAGAAAAUCUAAAGAGCUACAAACCAAUCAACUGUCUGAACAAACAUUCCUUCUCUCACAGCAGCCUUACAGGUUGUAACACCCUGAGAAUCUGUGACCUCUCUCCUCAGGACAUUUUCAGCAUCAUUCAGGACCCCAUUGGAGACCCAAAGAGAGAUGCAGGAUUACCAUCCUCAAGAAAGAAGCUACAUAAGUGGAAUCAAAGUUUGUCUUUGGAUCUGUCAGAGCAGAGAAGAAAAUCUAACUGUUACACCGCACUUGCAGCCUUAUCAAGCAACAGCAAAGUGGUAAAGCCAGAUAUGAAUGUGUCAGCAGAUGGAGAGGGUAGUACAAAUGUUCCCUUCAUCACCCUCCAGCCUGAGCUUUCUGCAGAGAGCAGACAUCUGCUGGUGGCCAAAGCUCUGGCCAUGGACCUGACGGACAAUGAUCUGACCUCCAAGGUGUCGCAGUGGCAGAUGGAGCUGAACACCAGAGAAGGAGCAUGGGAGAGACUGUGCAUGGAGAGAGAUCCUCUCGUCCUGUCUGGUCUGAUGUGGUCCUGGUUGGAGCAGCUCAAGGAUCCAGUCAUCAGCAGAGAGGAUAUAAAUGCCCUCAGUGAGAAGAAUGUAAAUCCAAAGAACGCCCUCAACUCACUGGAAAAGGGCCACAGGCUGACUUUGUUGUGUAUCCUUGACUGUGCUGCUCAUGUGCUGCCAAUGCCUGAAGAAGUGGAGACAUGUUUUCUCAGUCAAACAAUAAAAGUGUUUACCAAGAUUGACCCUGCCUCAGAGAAGAACGAGCCUUUGUACACCAAACUUAAAGCAAUCUUCACUCCCAUUCUUCACGAGCUGCGUGACAAAGCUGUGGAGGAGAAUGAAAACUCCUGAUCCGGCUUCAACAGGACGUGGAGGACUCACAGACUGGGUCCUUCUUUUUCUUAUUGGGCAUUACUGUGUUUUUAGCCAGUUUCCUGCAUCAGAUACUGCUGAGAUUUGCCAAUCAGUAGUCUCAAAAUAUUUGAAGACUAUUUAUCUGUAACUCGUGUAUUUUACUUAUCUUCAAAGCUCUUAAUGAAUAUAAAGCACUGCCAUUCUCUCUGUUCAUGUGCCACUGUGCUCAGUUUAAAACAUUUAUUUUGUCAUCUGCUCUGCUUGUUUCAUUUUUAAGGGAUUUGAUGUUGCUUUUAUUAUCUAACUCAGUGGUUCCCAACCUGGGGUCCACCCCUGGGGGGAGGCGCCAAAAAUCUCAGGGAGGGGAGGGGAGGUGGGGGGUGGCACAGGACCCUGUCUGCCUGUCUGCUCUUACAUUAGGGCCAACCUAAAAGAAGAAUAAAAUGAAUAGAAUUUGUUCAUUUGAGUGCAAAAAUGUCAAGAAGUCAAAAAAUCACCUUUUUUAUGGUAAAGUCAGAUAUUUACAAGAAAACAAAAUUACAAAUUCAGAGUAAAGAAAGUAGUAAUUUUAUCAGAAAAAAACCUGAAAAUUUUCAAGUUUAAAAAUUCUCUUUUUUUGACACUAGAAACUCACAAAUGUCUUUUUUUUUUUAAAUUGUAAAUUUACAACAGUGUACAUUAAAAAAUAUAUAAGAAACCAAACUGAAAACUGUGGUUGGAUCAUCAAAUUUUGGAUUGUAUAGUCUCUCAAAAUGUAACAUGUACUUCACGUAAUUUACAACUUUUAGAGCAAAAAAAAUGACUUUUUGUCUUGUAAAGUAGCGACUUUUUGAACUUGGGAAUAUCAAUGUUUUUUCUUGAAAAAUCAACUGAUCAACUUUAUUGUUGUUUUUUUCUAGGGGGCCCUUUACACUAUCCUAAUAAUGGAUAGUUUAUACAAGUUUAUGUGAGCCAUUUAUGUUGGGAUUUUGUCAAUGAACAAUCAAGAUUGAUGUUUAAAUUUUCCACCUGGGUCAUGGGGUGGGGGCUUAGCUCGUCUUAGAUAUGAGAAGGGGGGGCCCUAAGAAAAAAGGUUGGUAACCACUGAUCUGUUAGUUUGUUUAAAAUGAUUGAGAAACUUUCUCAUGAUGUUGGUGUAAUGUUAAUUAGAUGUGUAUCUCAGCUGUCAAAGCUGAUGGGAAAAAAGGUUGGGCCUGCUUUAAACCAAAAGAUGUUUUACACUGUGCAGAUACUACAAUGUGUCUUAUUUAUUCUGAUUCUCUUAUUUGAAAUGCAGCAUUUGGACUAACCUUUGACAAGUUGCAGGGUUGCUUAGUUUUUGUAGAAUGUUAGUAGUUUUUGAGAAACAAAUGCAAACUGUGGCCAUUUUUAUGGCAAUGCAAAUUUGACAGCCACAGUGCAUUUGCUUCACCAAUCAAUUUAAUUUCCAUAAUACUGUGCUCACCAAAAACCUUUCACUGUGCUGCUCUGUUAUACAUGCAUUUGUAAAACAUUGAUCUGCCUCCACUCUUGCAUUAAGCAAAAUUCUGUCUGCCUCAACUGAAAUGGCCUCUGUCCUGACUCAUGCUGCCGUGUGCAUCCCACCUCCCAUUGUGUGUGUAGCUGUUGAGAAAGGACCACGGUCAGCUGUCACCUCAUGUAUGUCCCAUGUAUGGGCGCUGUUAAAUCCAUCCUCUGUCACAUGCUGAAUGUGGAACACUAAUGCUAAUAAUUAUAUGAAAGACUUAUGGCAUUUUACUGUGGGGAUUUUCAACAAGCACUAUUUUUUCAUUGUUAAAACGAGCUACUUCUUAUAGAAUUAAAAACAACUUACUGCAAGCUUA